CCGACGCAGCGCGGCCUCCUCUUCCGGUGUGUGAGAAUUCUGCGCAGGAAAUGGCGCCGGUGGAUGUGACGAGCGUGUCUCCAGUGCAGCAGCCUCUGGCGGACUGAGAGGCUCUCCGAGGCCGCAGCUGCCGCCGGCUGCUCCCCUGAUGUCCCUGCAGUGCACUUUAUAUACAUGAGGGCCACUUUGGAGAAAAGCCAGGCAGUCGAACAGUACGUCUUUGCAUUGAGAAGAAAAUGAAAGUCAAGAAGAAAGUUAAAGAAUUGGAAGCUGCAGCUACCAAAGACAUUGAAGGAAAUCUGCGUAGGAGUGCAGUGCAAGAAGAGGAGGUACAGUUAAUGGAAGAAAAAAAAAAUCGUAAGAACGAUAAAAAAAAGAAGGAAGCUGCCGCUAAAAAGGCCUCUGAACAAAAAAACAAAGGUAGGCCUUUUAACCGAGUUCUUGUAAUCUGUGGUAGACGGUUUAUUGUUUUUGCAGAGAUUGUUUUUAUGUGUCCUUUCACCUCUGCAUGAUCUUUGGAUUGCGGUCGUUUUGUGUAAACACUGGUUUCUUCACCAGAGUAGCUGUCCUCCGGUACAAAUAUUAUCUUCACUUCCCUUUUUAUGUCUUCCGAAGUAAACUUGCUUUGUUACAGAAAGAAGCUAAAACCUGAAACUUGCACUUUUAGUGAAACGGCGACUAAUAAUAAUCUACAUGAAAGAUGCUUUUCUGGAAAGUUGGUUAUAUGAGAUUUAAAGAGAACCAGUCACAAGUCCACAUCUAUAAUAAUCCUAUUCUACAUAUGAAUGAAGGUUUUAUUUAGAAAAAAAAAAGCCUUUUGCACCUCACCAAACAUGUACAGGCAUACCCCACUUUUAAGUACACAAU